AUGGCUACCCCCAGUGUCCUAGCUUUUGACGCUGAGGGUAGGGCCAUUGACUUCGAGGUCUGGGUAGAUGAUCUACAGCUGUUCUUACAGUGCGAUAGGGCAGACGGUCUCUCUCUCUUUGACCUCACCUCUAGCGCCUCCCCUGCCCGUGCUGCCAAUGCUGACGCCACUGUUCGUCCCCAGUGGGCCACGCGCGACGCUGCUGCACGUCUUGUUGUGCGUCGCCACCUCCCUACCUCUGAGCGUGCACACUUUAGUCAGUACAAGAGUGCUCAGACCUUGUACGACGCUGUAGUUGCACGCUACUCCUCCCCUGCCACUGCUGCACUGAGCCGUCUCAUGCUGCCGUACCUCUUCACUGACCUUGCUGCCUUUCCCACAGUUGCUGAUCUCAUUACGCACCUCUGCACUAGUGACACCCGCUACCGCGCUGCGCUUCCUGCUAACUUCUGCGCCAAGAACCCCCCCCCCCCAUGGGCAAGGGGGGCAAGGGCACUGGAGGAGCUGGCGGGGGCGGUGGAGGUGGCGGUUGAGGCGGCGGAGGGAGUGGGGGUGGUGGAGGGAGCGGUGGAGGAGGUGGGGGUACCAGUGGCGGCAGUGGGGGCGGAGGCAGCGGCGAUUUCGGAGGGAGCGGAGGAGGCGGCGGCAGCGGAGGCGGCGGUGGUGGUGGAGGCGGCGGUGGUGGCGGAGGCGGCGGAGGGGGCGGAGGUGGAGGUGGAGCUGGUCGCGGGUCUACGCAGAGGAGUGGCUCCGGUGGUGGUCCGCGCUAGCAGCAGCAGCGUGGUCGUGAGACCCUGUCCCCUCAGCAGCUCCGUGAGUGGUACACUGCACGCCAGCGGGGUGGGGGUGGAGGCGGCGGCGGUGGCGGAGGGAGCGGAGGCGGCGGCGGUAGCGGAGGCGGCGGCGGUGGUGGAGGCGGCGGUGGUGGCGGAGGCGGCGGAGGCGACGGAGGCGGCGGAGGAGGCGGAGGAGCUGGUCGCGGGGCGGGAGUAG